GGACAGCACUCAAUAUCUGAGCACAUCAUGGCUAGAACUGCACUCCUGAUUCUGGCUGUCCUUGUUGGAUCCUGCACAACAUUUUCAGAUGCUGUUGAAGGUGAUGUCCCAAAAGAUGACCUUCCAAAAGAAAAAUCAGAAAAGACAGAAAUUUACAUGCCCUUCCUUUGCUCACCAUUAUCUCCCCACUUGUCUCCAUCUUCCUCAGUUCAUGCUCUGACACCUGCUGAUGUCUCCAGUGUUUACACCUUGGGAAUACCACAUUCACACAGGGAUGAAGCCUCCAGAAUUGUCAGUAGACUAGCUGAGUUGCUGUCCAUGUUUAAUCCCAAGGUGAUUGCUCAACAAGCAGAUCAGACCUCACUGCAGCCCAGGAGUUUACUGCAAGAAGCUCAGGACCUUUCUCUUUCCCUUUCACAUCAGGUGACAGACUGGAAGCUUGUGCUGCUGUUUGUCCCUGCAGAUUUCAUGUGUGCCUGUUCAUCAAAUAUUGUUGCUGAUGUUAAAACUGUUGUGCAGGAAGUAGAAGCAGCCCUGCAAAUACUACAGAAACGGCUGCAUCGUACUUUAGUUCAUGUGGUUGUCUGGAGUGGAUAUCAUCAGGAAGACACCAGGUGUGAGUGUAUGAAAGAUGAACUCGCAAACCAACACCUAUAUAAAGCAACUCUUCUGAAAGUACUGCAGGACAACCUCAGCCAUGUCUUGAAAAAUCCAAAGUGGGACAACUGGGGUGUAGACUUCACUUCUAUGUUGCAUUCAGCCCCAGCUAUCCUUGAACCCCAGGCAGACUCUGAAGACACAUGGUCUGGCCUUGACCAGUUGACUUUUCAGCUAUGGACAAACCUGCUUCAGCCGCUGACAGGUGAGGCAGAGGUUACAGACAGCGAUAUCAUCACUAUUCCUUGUCCUACCCAGGACCAUCCUUUUCUACGGACACAGAUAAAUUCCCCUGCUCAAACAGAGGGGGAGGCUUACAGCAAUACAGCAGUUCUAGCACUGGGUACUGAGAUACCAUGCACAGACCGUAGCCCAUCUCCUACCACACCCACUUCAGUUCAUGAGCUCAAGCCUGGAGACAUCAAAGUGGUGGCUGCUGUUGGUGACUCUCUGACGGCAGCCAAUGGUGUAGGUGCGAAAUCAAAUAACAUUCUGUUACUGCUUAAUGAGUACAGAGGACUGUCGUGGAGCAUUGGUGGUGAUGAAAACAUAACCACUGUGACAACUUUGGCAAACAUCCUGAGAGAGUUUAACCCCUCCCUGACGGGAUUCUCUAAAGGAAUCAGUGGAGCGGACACUCCAGCAGCCUUUCUCAAUCAGGCUGUUCCAGGAGCAAAGAGUGGUGACAUGGUACAGCAGGCGCGCAUCCUAGUGGACAAAAUGAAAAGCGAUUCGCGAAUUGAUUUCUACAAUGACUGGAAAGUUAUCACCAUGUUCGUUGGUGGAAAUGACAUAUGUGACUACUGCACCGACAGUACCUUUUUCUCACCCAGGAAUGUGGCCCAUCGGAUCAGUGAAGCUCUAGACUUACUGCAUCGUGAAGUGCCUCGUGCUGUUGUCAAUCUGGUGGAGCUGUUUGACAUCAGAGUAUUGCGUGACCUGCACAAAGAUAAAUCUUUGGGGUGUCCAACUUGGUUUGUUAAUUUGAUUUGCUCUUGUGUGCUGAAGCCUAAAGACGGAUCAUCUGAACUCCAGAAGCUUGAUGAGUACAACAGAGGCUAUCAGGUUGCCAUGCGACAGCUCAUUGACUCUGGGCGCUAUGACACGCAUGACAACUUCACUGUGGUACUGCAGCCCUUUUUUAGAGAGCUUUCCCUCCCCAGGUUAGAGGACGGCCGGCCCGAUCGCUCUUACUUUGCACCUGACUGUUUUCAUCUCAGCCAGAAAUCUCACACACUCAUGGCUCGUGGUCUUUGGAACAAUAUGCUGGAGCCACUGGGCAACAAGACUUAUGCAAAAAACUUCACAGCUGGCAUUGAUUUGAUGUGUCCCUCUGAGACAAUCCCAUUCAUCAGGACUGCUGUUAACAGCAACUACACCUUUCCAGGCCCUCCACCCACUUCUGCUCCAGUCACAAACUGGGGGAGUGACUUCUUCUGUGCAAACACAGCGCCAUCCAGCGCUGUGCCCACUUCAGCUCACAAGGUACGACCAGCAGACAUCAAGGUAGUGGCUGCUCUGGGAGACUCUAUAACGGCCGGCUUUGGUGCUAAAGCAGAACGUCUGCUGGAGCUAAGGACUGAGUACAGAGGAGUGUCAUGGAGUAUCGGAGGGGAUGCGUCUCUUGAGACUGUCACAACAUUACCCAAUAUCCUUAAGAAGUUUAAUUCUAAUAUCAAAGGAAUGUCAAAGGGGACAGGAAAAUUGCAAACUGGCUUCAACAUGGCUGUGUCAGGAGCUAAAAUACAGCAAAUCCCAGAGCAGGUCACACGCCUGAUUGAUGCCAUUAAAGCCAACUCAGCUGUGGAUUUUCAGAAUGACUGGAAGCUUGUGACCCUUUUCAUUGGAGGGAAUGACCUGUGUCAGUACUGCAACGAUCGGGUCACAUACUCACCCAAGAACUACAGCUAUCAUAUGAUGGAAGCCUUGGACAUGCUGUACAAUGAGGUUCCCAGGACGAUUGUGAAUGUGUUGGGGAUCUUGGAAAUUGAAGGCCUUCGCAGGAUCAAAAGGAACAGUCUAGGGUGCAGUGUGUUGCAACAGUUUGUCUGCCCAUGCUUCUUGUUCCCAGGAGAGGAUUCACCAGAGCUGGCUGAAGCAAAACAAGUCAAUCGUGAAUUCCAGACUGAAACUGAAAAACUGUUGUAUGGAAGCCGCUAUGAUGGCAAAGAGGACUUUGCUGUGGUUCUCCAGCCUUUUUUUAAAAGCACCAUUGUUCCUUUGAAUGCUGAUGGCAAACCUGAUGUCACAUACUUCUCUGAGGACUGUUUCCACUUCAGUGAACGGGGACAUGCUGACAUGGCUGUAGCUCUGUGGAAUAACAUGCUAGAACCAGUGGGGGAAAAACAGACAUAUAACGUGUUUUCAAAUGACAGAAAUAGAAUCAAGUGUCCAACUGAGGAGCAACCUUACAUCUUCACACAGGUGAACAGCAUGUCUGCUUCAGUCACAACUGCACCACCCAAAACUGACAGCACAUCGCCACACACAACAGGCAAAACAGCUGCCCCGCUCACCCCAAAAUGCUCUGACAGCGUGCCGAUAUGGUUGGCUGCCUUGCUGGCUGUUCUUGGUCUUCUGAUUGGUUGGGGUGUCACCUUGCUCCUCCUUUCCUACAAAGCCAAGAAGAACAGGAAGAAGAUGAUGGCAACUACAGUGCAGAUGGCGGGCACAGCACUUUAAAUUUCUACCUGUUAUGUUUUUGCAUUGGACU